AUGAAGAUUCUAUCAUGGAAUUGCAGAGGAUUGGGUAGAAGGGAGAAAAAAUGUAAGAUUAGAAGCAUGAUUAUAGACAGAAAAAUUGAUAUUGUUCUCCUCCAAGAGACCAAGUUAUCAAGCUGUACUGAGAUAGAUGUUAAAGCCCUAUGGCCAAAAGCCAGAAUGGAUUACACGUAUGUAGAUUCAGAUGGGAAUUCAGGAGGUUUGCUAUGCAUUUGGGACCCAGGGACUUUUCAACUUUCAGAUUGCUGCUGUAAUAGGAGCUUUAUACUACUUUCAGGUACUAUUCUCAAUUCCUUUGAAUGUGUCUUAGUUAAUGUAUAUGCUCCUAAUGUAGUGGAUAGGAGAAGGAAGCUCUGGGACACUCUGGUAAGGUUGAAAUCUGCUUCCUCUAAGCCCUGGUGUCUUGGUGGUGACUUCAAUGAAAUCAGAUGUGUGGGUGAGAGGAUAGGCUGCUCGAGAAGGCAUAGGGGUAUGCUGGAUUUUAAUAGCUUCAUUGAGUCAUGUGAAUUGUCUGAAGUUCCUUUGCUGGGAAGGAAGUAUACUUGGUGCAGCGCACAAGAAGGGGUUAAGUGGAGCAAGUUAGAUAGGUUCCUAGUUAAUCCUGAAUGGUUAGAAGUUUUUAAACUCAAAUUGUGGGGUUUGCCUAGAAUCUUAUCAGACCACUGCCCUUUAAUCCUCAUGGAGGAGGAGAGGGACUGGGGCCCUAGACCUUUUAGAUUCAUCAAUGCCUGGCUGUUACACCAUCAGUUCUCAACUUUUUUCGAGAAAGUUUGGAAGGAGGCAAGAAUAGAUGGGUGGGCUGGUUUCAUUCUUCAAAGCAAACUUAAACUGCUUAGAGAGGCUUUGCGAAAUUGGAAUAAAGAAGUUUUUGGGGACGUCUCAGCUAAACUCAAGAAUGCCAAAGAGGAGUUGAACAAUCUUGAUUUGCUAGCAAAAACAAGAGCUCUAGUAGAUUCGGAAAAGGCUAGGAGAAAUGUGGUGAAUAGUGAAGUUUGGAAGCUAAGUAGGAAGGCUGAGUGGAUAUGGCUCCAAAAAGCGAGACUUGACUGGGCUUUGAAGGGGGAUAAGAAUACCAGAUACUUCCAUGUAAUGGCCACCAGUAGGCAAAGCAAGAAUGGGCUCUAUUCUGUUACUGUUGGGGAUAGGGUGGUUGAAGAUCCUGGAGAAGUUAAACUAGAAGUGUGUAAUCACUUUAAGAAGCAUUUCUCAGAGGAUUGGAAAGUCCGACCAUCCCUCGAUGGUGUUUUCAGAUCUGUUAGGAAUAGUCAUGAUAUAUAA